AAAACAAAAAUGUCAAAAAUCAUUGUUCUUGCUUCGUUCAAAUUUCUUACCAUUUCUUGAUAUAGUAUGAUAAAAACAACAAAAAAUUUAAAUAUUUUUUACUGAAUGGAGUCAAAUUUAAAAAAGUAUGCAAAAGUUGCAACUUACUUUGGCUAUAAUAAAACCGCAUGCUGUUAAAAAUCCAGUAGCAUUGUCGUACAUUAGACAUGUUAUGAAAAAUAAAUUCAUCGUUAUUAAAACGAAGAGAGUUUCUUUAGAUACCGAGAGCGCCAGUAGAUUUUACAAAGAGCAUGUUGGAAAGUUUUUUUACAAACGCCUUAUUACAUUUAUGGCAAGUGGUUACAUAGACUUGCAUGUUAUGGGGCAUUCAAAUGCAAUACAGUUAUGGAGACAGAUGCUGGGUCCUACCAGCGUGUACAAGGCGCAGUUCCAGGAUCCAAACAGUUUGAGGAGUUUGUUUGGAAUAUCUGACACUAGGAAUGUUGCACAUGGUUCAGAUUCACCAUCAUCAGCUGAGAGAGAAAUCAAGUUUUUCUUCCCAGAGUUUUCAUUCUAUGAGUGGCACAAUAAUGAGGAACCUCUAUACAGAAAGGGCCCUAUUGUAUUUAAUGAACAUUUAUUCAAACAUGUUAGGAAACUAUAGCAUAAUUUUUCAAUGAGCACAACCAGCAUACUUAACAUGUUUGUUACGUUGGCAGUUUAUUGUUUUUUGUAAACUUGGUGCAAGCAGCAAUCCACACAUAUACAAAUAUUUCUGCAAUCAAGUUGCUUUUAUUGUAGCUUAAUAAAAUAUAAUUUUGAUACUAUUAUUAAACAAAAUGUAAACAGGUUAGAUAUGAAAAUAAACAAUACUGUUAAACACAGGGCAAUAUUGCUGAUACUGAAAAUAUUCCAUUACAACACAGUACAGCAGAUGUAAUGUUUCUGAUACAAAUAAUAUUGUAUGUGCUAUGGCUCCAGGUAUGUGCAUAAAUUAAAAAAAAAACAUAGUGAUACUCUAUGGAUAGGCUUGUUUACUAAUAUUAUAGUUUUUAAUUAGUUACUUUACUAACUUUAUAAGGGACCUUGCAAUAUAUAAAUAAAUCUUAUCUGUGGGAACAAUCAUGUCUCCAUGUAUGUAUGUACAACUUAAAAGGAAUGAAGCGAGAUAAGAUAGAGGUGGUCUUGAUAUUUUUCUCUACUCCACAAGAGGUAUUUGGAGUGAAGAUAGGUAAAUAGCAUUGGACUCAUAAUCUUGUCCUCAAGUAAGCGGAGCUAUUAUGUGUAUUAGAUAAUUAAUAGAAAUACUUUAAUACAUUAAUGUAAUUAUUAGUGUUGUGAUUUCGCGUGCAAAAGGUAGUACCUACCUUAAUUUUAAUGAAACGAAUUUAUGGGCGUGACUUGGGGAAGUAAUACGAUCAUUAAAGCAAACUAGCUUUUAAACAUAAAUUGCGUUCCUAUUUUUUUUUAAAAAAGGUCGAUUUAUGAACUCCAUACCCUUUUUUUUCUCAUUUUCCUUUUAAUUUGUUUGGUGACUUUGAUUAAGUCAUAGAAUGUUUCAUUUGCUCUUCUAAGAGUCGUUUGUUAUAGUAAUAUUUAUGUAUGAUAAUAUAUUUAUUGUUUUAAUAUAUUAUAUGUUUAUAUUAGUCUAAUUAUAUGUAUAUAUAAAAUUUUAUAUUCCUUCAAUUCAAUAAUGCCCCACCUACUUAUUUCUCGAUUUGCCCAAUGGUUGAUUGGUAGAGAACACCGUCUGGCGUUAAGUCCGUCAAAUGUACAUACAAUUUUAGUUUGUUUUACUGUGCAUUUACAAAUCAAGUACAAAUGUGAAACUGCAUAUUAUGUAGUAAUUUUAAUGUAUUAAAUCCUUAAAAAUACCGCUUGCAAUAAAUUAGUUUCGUUAUGUACAUAUAAACUGUAGAUUCCAUUAGAUGUUUAUGUAAGUCUGUUUACAUACAAAUGUUCAUUAACUGUUGUAUUGUAAAUUAUGAUUUUAUUAAAAAAUGUGAUGUUUUUAUGUUAUUUAUGCAUGACAAAAUUAGUAAGAAUUUAUUGUUUUUACCUAAUUAUUAUGUUGUUCAUUAAAAACCAAACAUUAACAAUAACGUAGUCAAGUUAUAGAAAUAUAAUUUCUAUUUGAUAAAAA